GAAGUAUUCUUAACUCAGACCAGAACUGAAAGUCCCCUGUGCCUGGACUUGCUGGCCUUUGCACCAUGAGAAGCAGAUGUCCAAGACUGCUGCCAGCCCUGUGUGUCCUGCUGAGUCUCUCGAGAGCCGGAGCCCAGGACUCGGAGGCCUGUGCCAGCUGGUGCCCUCCGCACUCGGAAUGUGUCAAUGCCACCGCCUGUCGCUGCAAGCCAGGGUUUGCUGCUUUGUCUGCAGAGGUCUUCACGGACCCUCUGGAGAUCUGUGAUGACAUCAACGAAUGUGGGCCACCCAUGAAAGUGUCCUGUGGAAAAUUCGCAGACUGCCAGAAUGUGGAGGGCAACUAUUACUGCACUUGCAGCCCAGGAUACGCGCUCCUUUCUGGGGCAAAAACGUUCACCAAUGCAAGUGAGAACACCUGUCAAGACGUGGACGAGUGUAAGCAGAACCCCAGAAUCUGCAGGGGCCACAGCAUCUGCACCAACACUCAGGGCAGCUAUACCUGCAAGUGUCUGCCUGGCUUUGAGCUCAACUUGACGGACCCAAAGCUGUGCACAGAUGUGAAUGAAUGCGCCCCUGGACUCAACCCGUGCCACAAGUCCACCCACUGCCUCAACCACAAGGGCGGCUACCAGUGCCGCUGCCGCCCCGGCUGGAAGCCGGUGCCCGGGUCCCCCAACGGCCCGAACACGACCAUCUGCGAAGAUGAGGAUGAGUGCAGCUCCGGGUGGCAUCAGUGCCACAACUCCACCAUCUGCCACAACACCCUGGGGUCCUACAAGUGCCUCCGCCGCCCAGGCUGGGAGCCGAUCCCUGGGCGCCUCAAUGGCCGGAACAACACCGUCUGCCAAGUCAAGCCCUUCUUCACCUGCCCGCUGCCCCCUGGAGUCAAGAGCCAGAGUCUGUCCCGCUUCUUUGACAAAGUCCAGGAUCUGCACAGGGAUUUCAACCCAAUCACAGCCAAGGACACAAUUCAGGGGCUCAUGCAGGGGGUGGAUGAGCUGCUGGAGACCCCUGGGGACCUGGAGACCCUGCCUGCCUCACAGAAGCACUGUGUGGCCACACACUUGCUGGCAGAGGUGGAGAACGCCCUGAUAAACCUAAGCAGGGCUCUGCCUGAGGAGACAUCAACCUUCAGUUAUUCUGCAGGCACACUCAUAGAACUGUCCCUAAAGGUGCAGAAGCAAGGAGACGGCAAUGUCACCUUGAGUCAGAAUCAGGCAAAGAUGCAGCUGAACUGGAAUCUGGCACAGGAAUCUGGUCACACAGGCCCUUCUGUGGUGGGCUUCAUCUCCACUCCAGGGAUGGGCAAGCUAAUGGCCGAGGCUCCCCUGGUCCUGCAGCCUGAGCAGCCGGUGGCUCCCCAUGGGACACACAAGAACUUGCUGCCGAGAGUCUCGCCUGUCCUGCUCUCAGAUGUCAUCUUGGCCUUUCUGAGCAACAAAAACACCCAGAACCUCAACUUAUCAGUUAUCUUCACCUUCUUCCACCGUCUGGUGACCCCGGAGCCAAGGCGCAAGGUGCUCUGUGUCUUCUGGGACCAACACCAGAAUGGAAGCGGUCACUGGGCCACUGCAGGUUGCAGGACCGUGGGCACCGGCAACGGCAGCACCACCUGCCACUGUACCCACCUCAGCAGCUUUGCCGUCCUCCUGGUCCUCUACGACGUGCAGGAGGACGACCCCGCACUGCACGUCAUCACCUGCAUGGGGCUGGCCGUCUCCCUGCUGUGCCUGGUCCUGGCGGUGCUCACCUUCCUCCUGUGCAGAGCCAUCCAGAACACCAGCACCUCCCUGCACCUGCAGCUCUCCCUCUGCCUCCUCCUGGCCCACCUGCUCUUCCUCACCGCCAUCGACAGGACCCAGCCCAAGGUGCUGUGCGCCGUGGUCGCGGGCGCCUUGCACUACCUCUACCUGGCCUCCUUCACCUGGAUGCUGCUGGAGGGGCUGUUCCUCUUCCUCACAGUGCGGAACCUGACGGUGCUCAGUUCCUCCAGCAGGAACAGAUUCAUGAGGAAGGUCAUGUUCCCUGUGGGCUACGGAGUCCCGGCUGUCAUUGUGGCGGUUUCUGCAGCAUCCAGACCUCACCUCUAUGGGACCCCUACUCGUUGCUGGCUCCAUCCAGAAAAGGGGUUUGUGUGGGGCUUCCUUGGACCGGUCUGUGCCAUCUUUUCUAUCAAUUUCAUUUUCUUCCUGAUAACCCUCUGGAUUGUGAAGAGCAAGCUGUCCUCCCUCAACAGAGAUGUGUCCACCCUCCAGAACAUGAGGCUGCUGACAUUUAAAGCAACGGCUCAGCUCUUCAUCUUGGGCUGCAGCUGGUGUCUGGGCACUCUGCAGGUGGGCCCCGUGGCCCGCAUCAUGGCCUACCUCUUCACCAUCGUCAACAGCCUGCAGGGUGUCUUCAUCUUCCUGGUCUACUGCCUCCUCAGCCAACAGGUUCGGGAGCAGUACAGGAAAUGGUUCACAAGGAUCAGGAGAGCUGAAUCCGAGUCCUACACCCUGUCUAGCAGGGCUGUGACUGACAGCUCCAAACCCAGCACGAUUAAUUAGAAAGAUCAUCUGAGCUACAUCCUCUUUUCCCACGGGAAAUUUGAACAUUUUUUGAGCCAUUAGGACAGGACAAAAGACUUUGUGCUGCAUGUUUCAAGAAAUCCAUGGUGUCGGCAGCGUGAAGGGAUUCUUGGAGGGCGUGACCGACACUCAACUCCUGAAGAAUCGGAAAUCUGUCUGUGCCCAACACGGGUGCCGAGCAAUCUCUCAACAUCCGGAGAGCCGACUGCAGCCCGAUUCCUCAGUCCCUGUGUUAAAUGUUAUUCCACUGCCUCCCCUUCCUACAAGGCCUCUUCCAGGUGCAAAAAUCCUAGAAGCAAGAAAACCAGUCCCAGGAUGCUCAUAUCAACAACAUUCAAAAGGACUAGAAUUUGCUUUAAACUUUUUAACAAAAAUCAGAAAAGAUUUUUAUGGAAAUUUUGUGGUGUCUGCAAGGCAUGCUCUAUGUGGGACUUGGACUUUUCAGGAUGUGGAAGGCUCCCCAGAAUGCUGCAUCCCACUUAAGAUCUUUCAUAGUGGUGAAGCAGAGGCCAAAUUGCCAAGAAAAGAGAUCCCCAGAUAAUUUCAGGACAGACAAGUUCAUGAAGUCAGGAGGACGAGAUAAGACUGGGCAGAUGGGGAGAUGGGCCCCUGGGUAACUUCCUGAGCAGUAACUGUACAAACAGUAUCUGCAGAGAUUUGCUAAGAAACUUACAAAAAGGCUAAUUUUAUGUCAGACCUACAUGACUGGGGGCCAUGCCUCUCCAAAGAAGGAAAGAUUACUGAUGGACAUUUUGAUUGGACUAAAGGCUGCGUGAACACCUUGUGGACACUGAGGGCCUUACCCAGAACUGGGUAGAGGCUGACUUCCUUAAACCUGUAGAUCUGCGUAAACCCCAGACAAAGCCACUCCUCUGUAUUCCUCUUUGGGACCCCCUCCCUCUUGGGGAACUCUGUUUUUUUUCCUAUUACUCUAAUAAAUCCUGUUACUUUGCUUUCA